GUUAGGAAAGAGAGCACAACUAUUGAAAGAAUAAAGAAUUCUACACUGUUAGACAAGAGAGCACAAAUAUGGAAAGAAUCCAAUCAUUUACUCCAAUGAAAGAAAAAACAAAGAAGCAUUUAAAAUACCAUUAACUUUAACCAGACCCCUUCUUGCCAUCCCGUGGAAAUAUGAUAUUUUAUGAACCCAAAGAGUUCUCGUGAAUUAUCUUAUUGAACUUCUGAAUAACAUUAGCCGACUGCAAAAUGAAGUUUGAUCCCCCAAUUCCCCAUCAAAUAAAUCACAGUGAAUUUGAAUUUGAUAUACCAGGGUUCUCAAUUUCUCCAUUCGAACUCAGCCACCAUCAAAGACCAAGGCUCUAUUUUCUCACCGCAUGCUUUUGCGCCAUUAGCACUACUCAAGAAAUAAAGUCAGUCCAUCACAUCAAGCUGAAGGGUCAGAUAGUCUACAAGGGCAUUCAGAGUAACUUAGCUAUGUCAGUUUGCUCUGCCUGCAUGUUUAUCGGACACCAAAUCUCAAUGAGCAAUCUAGCAGACAACCUGCUUUUUCUCCUCUGACAUAUAAUCAUGUAAAGUUUUUGCUAAACAAAUUUCUAACCUACAG